AUGUCUCGAUUAGAUCGCUUGGUGGUUCUCUUGGAAACAGGAUCCACGCCGUUCAUAAGAAACACAGCUGCUGACCAGCUAUCAGAUCUAGCCAAGGGCCAUCCUGAAGAUAUCAUCAGCUUGUUGGGCCGUGUAUAUCCGUUUCUAAAAGCUGAAAAGUGGGAAACCCGAAUUGCUGCAGCCAAAGCUUUUGGAGGAAUCGUCGCCCACGCGCCUCAGUGGGACCCAAAUUCUGAGGAAGCGAUUGAAAAGGAGAAGCAGCUCCAAAAUAUCGAAAGUGCCAAUUCUGCUGAUAACGAGCCCACAGUAAAGUUGGAACAAGAUGAGGAGCUUCGGAAACUCGACGAGAAUUUACUGUCCUUGGUUACUUUUGACUCGUGGAACUUGCACGAGCUUUUGAAAAGCGGCAAGAAGUUGUUAGCGUCCGGUGGCACAGAAUUCGACGCCUCGUCCAAAGAUAAUGCUCUCCUCAACCGAAUCAAAAAGCACAAACCCCUUAUUAAGCAUGACGAAUACUCCCCCUCUCCAGUAUCGCUGGUGAAAUCGGAAGGACAGCCAGAACUAAAAAGGGAGGAAACAGCGUCGCAGUCUCCGCAACCGGCUGAACCCAAAUCAGCUGCAGCCAGUGCUAGAUUAAAAGCCAUGCAACGAAGAAGAGCCAAAGUCAAUGCCAAAUCAAACGCUUCAAAAGUUGCGCCUGUUGAUUUAUCACAGUCUUCGAUCUCACGGAAAUUGGUUGAGGAUGGCGAAGUCGACCCUAACGUAAAACAAGAAGAUGCACCUCAGUUUGAUAUAACGUCGCAACAAGGCGGAUCAAAGUUGGUUAUGGAAACGAAAGCACCUGAACUCUCUCCCUUGAUUUCACAGCACGCAAAGGUCGCUGGUCUUGUAUGGCAAUUUCAAGGUGUGUACGAAUUGCUCUUGAAUGACUUGUUUGACGAGAAAUGGGAAGUGCGCCAUGGUUCUGCUUUAGGAUUGAGAGAGUUGAUGAAAUCUCAUGGAACCGGUGCUGGAAGAGUAAUGAACAAAUCAAGAGAAGAAAACGACCAGAACAAUGCUGCUACAUUGGAAGAUUUAGCCGUCAGAAUCUGCACUUUGUUUGCUUUAGACAGAUUUGCAGAUUACGUCAACGAUACUGUAGUGGCUCCGGUACGUGAAUCUGGAGCACAGACGUUGGCAGCUCUCUUGAUCCAUCUCAAUAUCGAGACAAUCUUGAAGACGUUUUCUGCUUUGCAAUCCUUAGUUUUGCAAGAGCAACCAGAUAGCUUGGAUAUACCUCGUUGUUGGGAAGCGAAACAUGGAGGAAUGUUAGGAGUGCGUUACUUCGUGAGUGUGCGUACUGAUGUUCUUCUUUCACACCCUGAGCUCUUAGAUUCGGUCGUCUUUAUGGUUUUGCAUUGCUUAAAGGAGAGCGAGGAUGACGUUCAAUCUGUGGCUGCCUUAACAUUAGCUCCAAUCGCAAGCGAGUUUGUCAAAACGCGAAAGGAAGUGAUACACUCGCUUCUAGAAGUGGUUUGGGAAUGUUUGUCAAGUUUCGAGGACGACUUAUCUGCUUCUAUCGGUUCUGUUAUGGAUUUACUUUCCAAACUAUGCACUCACAAAGAAGUCAUUGAAAUCAUGCAGUCGGAGGCGACUUUGAACUCGGAAAAUUCUUUUGAAAACCUUGUCCCUCUCCUUUUCCCCUUUUUGAGGCAUUCAAUUACCAACGUGAGAAAAGCAUCCCUUAACACAAUUCUUGAAUUUUUGUCCAUCGAAGACCAGUCUACUAAGUUGUGGAUCACAUCCAAAGCAUUACGAUUGAUAUUUCAAAACCUACUAGUUGAGCAAAAUGCAGAGGUAUUAAAAUUAUCCCAAGAGGUUUUCAACAAGCUCAUCUUGGAAAUCAAAACCAACCCCAACCUUGAUUCGGUGGAGUCAUACUUCACUACUCAUUUGCAUUCAUUGAUUACGUUGAUAAUGACACCAAUCGGAAUCGCUAGACACAAUUACCAGAUGAACACGCACCUUUUUAUGAAAACUUCCGCGUCCAAAUAUGAAGUUGAGCAUAUAAAAGAAGAAUCAAGCGAACCAAUAUCGGAACCAAACGGAACCCCGGAAGCCCCUACCAAACGCGGAAGGAAAAGGAAAGUCGAACCUCCCAAGUCUGCUAUACCUUCCAACGAUGAACUCAAAAUCAAUAUCGAUGCACCAAUCUAUAAUGGUGAUGUGAUGUUUGUUGGUUUCGACGUUUUCAUUGCUACAAGAACUGCUGCAGCGCAAGCUUAUGGUACAGCAUUAGCACAGAUGUCAAGUGAAGAGACACUUCAGAAAAUCUUUGACAGUUUAAAAAAUUGCAUGAACUCUCCGCAUGGGACACCUCGCCUCUUUGGUGCUAUUAUCCUCGAGGAAUAUGCGAAGGCUUUGAGGUCUGCGGGCCAACAACCACUGUCAAGCGCACAAGAAUUUAUUACAUCCAUGUUAGAAACAUUGAGCGCUCCAGAAAGUGUUCCUUAUUUCAGGGAAUUAGUGCCAAUAUUGAAGAGCGUAAGAACUUCGUGCUUGCAACUUUUCGAUGUGCUUUUGACGAAAGCAAAAUUACCUCCCAACAAGGUUCCACAACUACCGGUUAUUGUCCAAGGAGAAGCGGGAUGUGGACCAGGAGCAUUUGGCAUUGAAAGUGCAGAAAAGCUUAUUAAUGAAACAUAUCCAAAGUUGAUCAAAUCUUUGUCUGCCACAUACCGUAUUUCUGCAAAUCAAGCAUUGGAAGAUUCGAAACAUAGAAUCUUUGUUGCGUUGGAAGAGGCUAAACUAGUAUCUAACCAGCGCUUAACCAGCAUCUUAGCGGCAUAUUCUGCCGCAGUUUUAGCAUUGGGUGGUGUACCCAAAAAACUUAACCCCAUUAUCAGAUCCUUGAUGGACAGUAUUAAACUGGAAGAAACGUUAUUGUUGCAGCAAAGAUCUGCCAAGGCCAUCGCACAACUCAUUCAUGAGCUCAAUUGUGUUGGCAAGAAGGGUGCGGCUGACAAAAUUACCAAGAACUUGUGUGCUUUUAUUUGCGUUGAUACCUCUGAGGUUCCAGAGUUUAUCCAUCAUGCGAAAUUGAAAGACUCGAUAUUAUCAUUGAAAAAAGAAGAAGCGAAGACUGAUCCUGCGGACAUUGCUGCACAUGAAAGAGCAGUCCAUGAAGCGAGAAUCAAAAGAAAUGGUGCGCUCAUCGCAAUGGAUGAGAUUAUCGCUAUCUACAAAGACUCUUUCUUUACGGAGCUUCCUAAACUUAAGGAAAUUCUUUUUGAUCCGUUGGAUGUGUUAGAAACUUUAGGUCCAGAAACAGUGUUGGAAGAUGAGCAGAAGGGCCAAAAUAUCAUCGAUGCAUUGGGAGUGUUGAGAGCCAUUAUUCCCAAGUUAGAUCCAGUGCUUUAUGCCGAUAUCGCAGCAAACUUGCCAAAGCUUUUGGGCGGUUUGAAGAACGUUCUUUCUGUUUUCAGAUACUCUGCAGCCAAGUGCUUUGCCACUAUAUCUUCCGUGCUCCCGUCUAAAGCGUUUCCAUUCUUGGUGAAGAAUGUUUUGCCUAUGCUCAAUAAUGCAGGCAAUUUCAGAGAGCGUCAAGGUGCAAUUGAGGUUGUGUAUCAUGUUUCCAGUACGAUGGGUCCCGACAUUCUUCCGUACAUUGUGUUCCUUAUUGUUCCUGUUUUGGGAAGGAUGAGUGAUGCCGACCAAGAUGUCCCGUAUUUUGGCCAGUACCACUUUUGCAUCUAUCAUCAAGUUAGUACCUUUAGAAGCAGGUAUUCCUGA